AUGGCACCGAAGAAAGAGAAAAGUGACAGUGAAAAUAGAAAACGUUUUAGUGUAGCAUUAAAGAAAGAAAUUAUUGCAAAAUACGAGAAUGGCAUUCGUGUUUCUGACAUCGCUAAAGAAUAUAAUAUGACAAAAUUGACUAUCUCUACAAUUAUUAAAAACAAAAAAGCAUUUAAGGCUGUGAAUGUGAUAUCGAAACAAAGAUCUAAAGUUUUAGAUGAAGUUGAAAAACUGUUGCUAAUGUGGAUCAAUGAAAAGCAACUUGCUGGAGACAGUGUUAGUGAAGCUAUAAUUUGUGAAAAGGCUAAAAAUUUAUACAAUGACUUAUUGAUCCAGACACCCAGUACAAGUGCAGACAGGCAGGACUUUAACGUGAGCCGAGGGUGGUUUGAUAGGUUUCGUCGACAAACUGGCAUUCACAGUAUCAUAAGACACGGGGAGGCUUCAAGUUCAGAUGAAAAAGCAGCAAAAGCAUUCGUAGAUGAAUUCGCAGAGUUUUUAAAAAGUGAAGGAUAUGUCUGGAAUCAAGUGUUUAAUUGCGAUGAGACCGGUCUUUUCCAAAAAAGACCGGUCUCAUCGUACCUAGAUGAAUAUUGGCUCACAGAAGUGUUUGCUCCUACUGUUAAAAAUUAUCUUCAGGAAAUGGAUCUUCCUCUUAGAUGUCUUCUCUUAAUGGAUAAUGCUCCAGCACAUCCACCAAAUUUGGAUGACGACUUGGAUAGUGAACAUGACUUCAUCAAGGUCAAAUUCCUUCCACCCAACACAACUCCAUUAUUGCAACCAAUGGAUCAGCAAGUGAUUUCCAAUUUUAAAAAGCCGUAUACCAAGGCACUGUUUACCAUGUGUUUUCAGGUUACCAAUGAUACUGACUUAACUCUUAGAGCUUUUUAG